GCAGGCAGGGAGCGAGCGAGCGAGCAAGCGGUCCGCCGGGCCAGGCGCGCUAGAGAAGCAGCAGAAGCGCCGGCCAAAGCCGCCGCCGCCGCCGCCGCCUCCGCCUCUGCUCCUGGUGCGGCCCGUGGGACGCACGCAGCCGUCCCUCUUCCCGGGAGCGGCGUCCCCUCCCUGCGCCCCUUCUUGCGCCCGCCGCGCAGAGACGAGCCGCCGGCCCGGCAGGAUGCCCGCGGACCUGAUGGAGAAAAGCUCCUCGUCUCCCGUGGCAGCCACCCCGGCCAGCGUCCACGCCACGCCGGACAAACCCCGCACCGCCUCCGACCACCGCAAGGUAAAGGCGCCGCCCGAGUCCGGCGGGAGGAGGUCAGGCGGGCUGGGGGGGGCGAAGAAGGGUCUCCUCCUUCCUUCCUUCCUUCCUUUCUCGGCGGGUUCCGGGGCUCCCCGGCUGGCCCUUUCUCUCCCUCCCUCGCAGUCGUCCAAGCCCAUCAUGGAGAAGCGGCGGCGGGCGCGCAUCAACGAGAGCCUGGCGCAGCUCAAGACCCUCAUCCUGGAUGCCCUCAAGAAGGACAGCUCUCGGCACUCCAAACUGGAGAAGGCAGACAUCUUAGAAAUGACGGUCAAGCAUCUGCGGAACCUGCAGCGGGCUCAGAUGACCGCUGCCCUGAAUACAGACCCCACCGUGUUAGGAAAAUACCGGGCUGGGUUCAACGAGUGCAUGAAUGAAGUGACGCGCUUCCUCUCCACCUGCGAGGGGGUGAACACCGAGGUGCGCACCCGCCUGCUUGGACACCUGGCUGGCUGCAUGAACCAGAUCAAUGCCAUGAACUACCCCAGCCCACAGCCUCCCUCACAGGUGGCAGCCCUGCAGCCACCAGCCUCGGGCGGUCCACAUGGGGCAUCUUUUGGGCAGCCUCUGGGGCAGAUCCCUGCCGGCUCAGCCCCCCCUGCUGGUAACGGGGCGCCUUGCAAGCUGAGCAGCCCUGCAGGAGAAGGCACCAAGGUGUAUGGGGGCUUCCAUCUGGUUCCGGCCUCCGAUGGGCAGUUUGCCUUCCUCAUCCCCAACGCGGCCUUUGCACCCCACAGCAAUGCGGUCAUCCCACUCUAUGCCCACGGGGGAGUAGGUUCGGGGCUCCCCCCUGCGGCUGCCGUCUCGCCUGGGUCCGGUGCGCCUUCGGUUCCUGCAGACUCAGUUUGGAGACCUUGGUGAGAGCGGGGGGAUUUGUGGCUACCUGCCUCUGGACCUGUGAAGCAGAACCUCUGGGGGCCCACCCAGUCCGUGAGCCCAUGCCUGGCACGGCCGGGUCUUGGGGGGCCUCUCCCUUCUUCUAGGGAGAAGGAGCCGGACCCUUCUCUGCCCCUCUGGGGUUAUACAGCCUGCAACGGUGCCUUCGUACCUACGGAUGGACGGACAGAGGAGCGGAUGGACGCUCUGCUCUUUGCUCCUCCCAGGGACCACCUGCGUGGAUGGGUCGGUGAAGCCUUGUUUUGACUGUCCAUUCGCGCGCCCCCCCCCACGCCCUGCCGCCUGGCCCUUUCUUAAGCAACGCCAAAGAUCUCUUCGUUUUUCAACAUAAAACCUUCCCUUCCAUUUUGGAAGUUCUUUGAAAGAAAUAAAAAAAGACUUCUAGUA